AUGCAGGGUGGUGGAAUUAUUUCGAAAAUGGCUCUGCAUCCUCCUGACGCUCUGCCGGUGACCGAUCUGAAUCCCUCUGGCAGACCGCCGGAUCUCAGCCAACCGUUGACGGGCGAUAAAGAAUCGGGGAUGAUAGUCGCCCUCUGCAGUAAUCCCCAGGAUCUUCCGUGUGCAAUGAACGAGACGGAGAUGGUAGUGGAUCUGGCUCCAUAG